UACUCUGUGAGCGGGCUAUAGAAACACGUGUUUUAAUACGCUCUGAGGAAAGUUAAGUUUUGAGUGGUAAAAAGUGUGUAGAAAAUCGUUUGUUUUUACGAAAACACUUGAUGAAAUCCGUAAUUAUAUAUUACUGAUAAACCUAUGAAGUGAAACAUACGUAAGAAGAGUUUAUGAAGAGUUUUUAGCUGUAAUAUUAAUCCAAUUCAACUUCAUACUACGCGAUCCAUACACAACCCACAGUUUUUGCGUCAAAGAUAAGAGCCGCGCAAAAACAGUGUUUUUGCAGCAGUAGGUUCUCUGUGCUAAUUUGGACGAAUAAAGUUCGAAACAUGUCAGCUGUUUGUUGUUACUGCGGGUUAUCUUUGAAAACAAGGAAUGUAGUUAAAUGCAACGAGAAGGAGUGCUUGAAAUCAUGUCAUCCAGAUUGCAUGCCACAAGGUAAAUUGCAAGAUAAUUGGUUUUGUAGUAACCAUGCAGAGCCAUCGAUGAGGGAACUUCUUCAAGAAAUUCGGAAAGUUUUUGAAAUGAAUGCAGAUAUGGCAAAGUCAAUUGAAAACUGUCAUGAUAAAAUUGAUGAGUGUAGUAAUCUUAUAAAAAAACAAGAUUCUAAAAUAUCAGAAUGUUUGAAUAAAAUUGAAGAGCUAUCUACUAAAUGCAGCAACCUAGAAAAAGAAAAUGCGGUACUGAAAAUUGCCAUAAAUAAGCAGGAGCAACAUACAAGACUUAAUAGCGUCGAAUUACAUGGUAUUCCAGAAAUAAAAGGUGAAAACGUUAUCGAAACAAUUAUGUACGUUAGCAGAGCCCUGAAUGUUGAACUUAACACCAACAUGAUAGAUUGUUGUUAUCGUCUACCUGCUAAACAACUCAAACCAAAUAAUUCGAGAAGUAUCUUCUUAAAACUUAUCUCCAGGAUAAAAAAAGAAGAAAUCAUGAAAGCGAAAAAAGUAAGGAGCACCUUAACGGUUCAGGAUAUCUUCAAAUCGGAUAUGAAUAUUCCAUUCCAAAAUAGGAUCAACCCCAAUGAACCAGUGUAUGUUAACGAAUCGUUAACCAGUGCAAAUAAAGUUUUAUUCGCGAAAUGUGCAGAAUUUAAAAAGAAAAAUAAUGUGAAAUUCCUUUGGGUGAAGAAUGGUAAAAUUUUAAUGAGACAAAAAGAAAAUUCUAAAGUGUAUGUCAUUGAAGAAACAGAAAACCUAAAUGAUGUCCAUUAACCAUAAGGUAAAUAAGUUGAAUCUGUUGUAUCAAAAUGUUCAAGGUUUGAACUCAAAGUUAAAUGAUUGUUUGUUAAAUGUUAGCACUUGUGAAUUUGAUUUGAUUUUGUUGACAGAAACCUGGUUAACGUCAUCUGUCUUUGAUCGAGAAUUUAUGAAUGAUAGUUAUACCGUUUUUAGGAAAGAUCGUGAUCUAAUAAAUACCGGUAAACAAGCGGGUGGCGGUGUCCUGGUUGCUGUUAGUUCUCAUUUAAAUUGCCAGUUAUUACCAUUUUCAUGCAAUAUCAUAGGUAUUGAAGAUAUUUGGGUAAAAGUUGAUUUAAUGAAUAAUACAUUAUUUUUAUGUUGUGUUUAUAUACCGCCUAGAUCACCUAUUCAGUGGUAUAAUACAUUUUUCGAUAGUUUUGAAAGAAUAAUGUUUGGUUUGAAUGCUGAUGUGCUAGUUGCAGGGGACUUCAAUAUACCACGUAUAGUAAAUUUACACACCCUCACUAAUCUUUCAAGUAUUGAAGUUGCUUACUUACAGUUCCUAGAAGUAUUUGAUCUAAAACAAUGGAAUAUUGUUAAAAAUCAUAGAAACAGAUAUCUAGAUUUGGUUUUAUCUAACCUCAAUGUGAAAAUCGAAAGAUGCGAUGUUCCUGUGGUGAAGGAGCCUCCUGAACAUCCAGCGCUAUUUGGUAUUUUGGAGCUUACCUUCAAUAAUCUUAAUAAAUAUAGUAAAUCUUUCAGUUCCCAGUAUAAUUUCAGAAAGGCAGACUUUGAAAAAAUGUAUAUGCGUUUUGGCGAAAAAACAUGGGAUGAUUUAAUUGGAUGUGAUGAUGUAAAUGUAGUAUUGGAUAUUUUUUAUGGACAUGUGUAUGAAAUAUUCGAUGAAUGCGUUCCACUGGCAGUCCAAAAGAAGAGACGUUACCCCCCCUGGUUUAACCGCAAUAUUAUUGCUGAUAUCAGACGAAAACAUGUUUUCAG